AUGGCCAUUAACAGGGUUACUGACAUGUGGGCGUGGUUAAGAGGUCAAAAUCCGAGGGCUGAGGACAAUCAGGGAAUAUCAUCAGGGGAAAUGCUAGCUGUCCUUCCAGAUGAGAUUCUUGUCAAUGAGAUAAUUUUGAGAGUGGUAACUCAAGAGGAAGGUGGUAUCAUUUUGUGCCGACUAGCUUGUGUAUGCAAGACUUUCAAUGAUUUGAAAAAUGAUCCGAAAAUCUUGCAAAUGGCUAAACUCUCUUGCACAAAUUCAUUAUCCAACUCCAAACGGUCUUAUCGAGAUUUCAUAUGGAGAUGUGCGUCAAUGGGGAAUCUGUAUGCAAUAGCAGCUGUUGGAUUUAACUACGGAUUUACAGUCGGUGGAAAGGAAUCACCCUUUUUCAUACCAGAGCGCAUGGCUGCAUCCUACUUGUUGGCAAUGUCAUUGUAUGAAUCAGAAAGCACAAGAAAGGAAUCAACAGACCAUUAA